CAUUCAACUAUGACAUUCCCAUUCAUGAACCAAAACCUUAAACAAACCCCAUACACUUCUACUAAAAGUAAUUGCAAAGAACCCCCUAACCUUUUAUCAAUUCUCCGACACACCGUUGUCGCCUCACGUCCCUCCGACAACAACCCGAUCACUACUAUAGAUGAUAAUAGUAAUAGUAACAGUAACAGUAAUAUUCGAAGCAAGAAAAAAAAGCCACCCGGUGGCGGCGGGGGCGGUCUCCUCCGCAUGUUCAAGCUCCUCCCCAUGCUAACCACCGGCUGCAAGAUGGUGGCGCUGCUAGGGAAGCAAAUGAAGCCGAUGCUGACGGACCGGGCCACCACAGGGACGCUAUUCGGGCACAAGAAGGGCCGGGUCAGCCUGGCCAUCCAGGAGGACCCGCACAGUCCGCCCAUCUUCAUGAUCGAGCUGCCCAUGCUGACCGCCGCCUUCCACAAGGAGAUGGCGAACGACGUCGUCCGGCUGGCGCUCGAGAGCGAGACGGCCACGAGGAAGAAGAAGGUUCUGGAAGAGUACGUGUGGGCCGUGUACUGCAACGGCCGGAAGAUGGGCUACUCCAUCCGGCGGAAGAACAUGACCGACGACGAGUGCCACGUCAUGCACCAUCUCCGCGGUGUCUCCAUGAGCGCCGGCGUCCUUCCCGCCCCGCCGUCGGAGAGUAGCAGAAAAGAUUCGGCCGACGGGGAGUUGACUUACAUGAGGGCCAGGUUUGACCGGAGAGUUGGGUCCAAAGAUUCGGAAGGGCUGUAUAUGAUUAACCCGGAUGGGGCUUCCGGUCAAGAAUUGAGUAUUUUCUUUGUGAGAGUAAGGCCAAUUUAGUUUCAAGUCUCUUUUUUUUUUCUUUUUUAGUUCCAAAAUCAGUUCAUAAAUCUUACUCGUAUGGAUUUAUCCGACUUUUCAUAUUUAUAAAAAAUUAACAGUGUUUUU